CCGCGCUCCUCGCUCGGCCCGUCCCUGUCCGGUCCAGCCCGCGAGGCCUCCUUCCUUCCUCCUUCCCUCGCUCUCUCUCUCUCUCGCCUGCCCGUGCCUUCCCUGUCCGCCUGCGUCACUGCGGCCGCCAUGGCUGAAAACGGCGAGAACAGUGGUCCCCCGCGCCCCUCCCGCGGCCCUGCUACGGCCCAGGGCUCGGCCGCUGCUCCGGUUGAGCCCAAAAUCAUUAAAGUUACUGUGAAGACCCCCAAAGAGAAAGAGGAGUUCGCCGUGCCUGAGAAUAGCUCGGUCCAGCAGUUUAAGGAAGCGAUUUCGAAACGCUUCAAAUCCCAAACCGACCAACUAGUGCUGAUUUUUGCGGGGAAAAUCUUAAAAGAUCAAGAAACCUUGAUCCAGCAUGGCAUUCAUGAUGGACUGACUGUUCACCUUGUCAUUAAAAGCCAGAACCGACCUCAGGGCCAGUCCACGCAGCCUAGCAAUGCCGCGGGAACUAAUACUACGUCCGUGUCGACUCCCAGGAGUAACUCCACACCUAUUUCCACAAAUAGCAACCCAUUUGGAUUGGGGAACCUGGGAGGACUUGCAGGCCUUAGCAGCCUAGGCUUGAGCUCAACCAACUUCUCUGAGCUCCAGAGCCAGAUGCAGCAGCAGCUCAUGGCUAGCCCUGAGAUGAUGAUCCAAAUCAUGGAAAAUCCCUUUGUUCAGAGCAUGCUUUCAAAUCCUGAUUUGAUGAGGCAGCUCAUUAUGGCUAAUCCACAGAUGCAACAACUGAUACAGAGAAACCCAGAAAUCAGUCACCUGCUCAACAAUCCAGAUAUUAUGAGGCAGACCCUCGAAAUUGCCAGGAAUCCAGCCAUGAUGCAAGAGAUGAUGAGAAAUCAAGACUUGGCUCUCAGCAAUCUUGAAAGCAUUCCAGGUGGCUAUAAUGCUCUAAGGCGCAUGUACACUGACAUUCAAGAACCGAUGCUGAAUGCCGCACAAGAGCAGUUUGGGGGUAAUCCAUUUGCCUCGGUGGGGAGCAGUUCUUCCUCUGGAGAAGGUACGCAGCCAUCUCGCACGGAAAAUCGAGAUCCCCUACCCAAUCCAUGGGCCCCAUUGACGGCUACCCAGAGUUCUGCAACCACCAGCACCACCACCAGCAGUGGCAUUGGGUCUGGCAAUAGUUCCAGUAAUGCUACUGGGAAUACUGUGGCUGCAGCCAAUUAUGUCGCCAGCAUCUUCAGUACCCCAGGAAUGCAGAGCCUUCUGCAACAGAUAACUGAAAAUCCCCAGUUGAUUCAGAAUAUGCUGUCAGCACCCUACAUGAGAAGCAUGAUGCAGUCACUGAGCCAGAAUCCAGAUUUGGCCACACAGAUGAUGCUGAAUAGCCCACUGUUUACAGCAAAUCCUCAGCUGCAAGAGCAGAUGCGUCCUCAGCUCCCAGCUUUCCUGCAGCAGAUGCAGAAUCCAGAAACACUGUCAGCCAUGUCAAAUCCAAGAGCAAUGCAGGCUUUAAUGCAGAUCCAGCAGGGGCUACAGACAUUAGCCACUGAAGCACCUGGCCUCAUUCCAAGCUUCACACCAGGUGUGGGAGUUGGGGUUCUGGGAACUGCCAUAGGCCCUGUAGGCCCAGUCACUCCCAUAGGCCCCAUAGGCCCUAUAGUCCCUUUUACCCCGAUAGGCCCCAUUGGGCCCAUAGGACCUACUGGCCCUACAGGCCUCACUGGAUCCACGGGCUCUGGCAGCCCCAGUGGGCCCACUGUGUCCAGCUCUGCACCCAGUGAAACUACCAGUCCAACAUCAGAGUCUGGACCCAACCAGCAGUUCAUUCAGCAGAUGGUGCAGGCUCUGGCUGGAGUAAAUGCUCCACAGCUGCCUAAUCCAGAAGUCAGAUUUCAGCAACAACUGGAACAACUCAAUGCAAUGGGUUUCUUAAACCGGGAAGCAAACUUGCAGGCCCUAAUAGCAACAGGAGGUGACAUCAAUGCAGCCAUUGAGAGGCUGCUGGGAUCCCAGCCGUCUUAAUUGCAUUUCUGUACCUUGAUAGAAAAAAUGUAUCUUAUUUUUGAUAAUGGCUCUUAAAUCUUUAAACACACACACAAAAUUGUGCUUUCAUUUUGAUUCUUUUAAAUCUAUCUGGUUAUAAAUCUAAUAUGUAUUUUAAGGUAGAGUCCCUUGCUCCUUCUCUUAUUUCUUCCCUCCCUGUCUCGCUCUUUGUUUCCUUCCUUCCUUUUUUUCCUUUCUUUGAUUUCCUUCCUUCUCUGUUUUGAAUGGUAGAAAUCAAUGCCGUUUCAGUCAGAGGCAUUGCAUGCAAACACUUCUCUUUAUUCUGCAUUUGUGGUUUUUGGAAACAGGUUUCAGUUGAGUAAGCAAGUUUUGUCUUACAGAUGUUUAAUUUAUUUGCAUUUUAAACAUUGGCCUAUGAUAGUAAUUUAAUGUAUAAUGAAGAUGAUUAAAACAGAGGCAAAUUAUUUGAAGCUCUCUAAUUUGUGGUACAAUGUUGCUUAUUGUGACUUUGGCAUGUAUUUUUGCUAGCAAAAUGCUGUAAGAUUUAUACUAUUCAUUAAUCUUUUUUGCUAUAUUUGUAUACAGUACAGUAAGCACAAUUGGAACAGUACAUCUAGAAAUAAUGAAAAAUAGAAUCUCUGAGCAGAAUAUACGUAGGAAUACAAGAAAUAUUUCUGAAGCUAGGUAUUUCUCACAAUUUUGUAGAAUCUUACAGCAUCUUUGAUGAACUUCUCAGUGAAAAUGUUGGCUAGGCAAGUUCAGUUAAAAUAUAGUAGAAAUGUUUAUCCUGGUAUUUCUAAGUAUAUAUUUAAUUGUACAGAAAAAUCACAGUGUAACAUUUGUGUCAACAUUUGCAGAUUGACUGUAUCUGACCUUAAUCUUUGUGCAAUCUAAAGGAUCAGUGUAGUAAUGCCAGGAAAGUGCUUUUUACCUAAGACUUCUUUCUCAGCUUUUCCCAUAAAGAGAUGUAAUAUGCAUUUUGGUUUGUAAUUGGAAAUGUAACAUUCACUGAAAGUGUCAUGUGAUGUUUGCAUUACUUUUCAUUGCUAUGUAUAAAGGAAAAUGUGUAUCUUUUGACUUUAUCAGCUAUUUCUCUUGUAUACAGGGAAAAAUGCAUUAAAAAUGACAAAAAAAAUAAAAAAGUAGAAAAUGAAUAAAGCUUUUCCUUUUUGCCUUCUGGCUCUAGAUCAUAUUUAGAAAGAUUGUCCCCUCCCCCCACCAAGUUUAUAUAAGUCUUAUGCUAUAUUUCUCCGACUUUUAUGGUUUUAUUUUUUAAAUGGUAUAUCUCAAUUAUUUCAAUAUAUGGACAUAGGCAUUUUAUCUUUUUUCUUCCAAAUUCUUAGCCAGUUGUUAGCCAGGUAUUUAUCUCCUUCAACCACAUUUGAAAUUUCAUGCAUGUAUACUGUACACACACGCACACACACUUUAUUCUGUGUUGGGAUUCUCUCUGGUUCCAUUGAACAUUGUAGCCCCAGUACCCCAGCCUAUAGUCAUCAAGUUAGAAAUAUGACUUUAUAUUUGGUAGAGGUUUUCCUCCUAGUGAUUUUUUUUAUUUUUUAUAAUUUUCUGGUGAUUCUGAGAUGUUUACUUUACCAGAUGAACUUUACAGUUAAUAGAUAUUUCCCCCAAAAUAAAUUGAA